AUGAACGUUCUACCUAACCUCAUGAUCAGGUCUCACCAGGACCAGCCUCUUCCUCUCUGCUCCCCAGACCCCUACCUCCAGGAUUUCUCCUCCUGGUGUCCCCCAGGGCUAGGUGCUGAUCAUGGGAACAGGCUGGGGGCCAUGGGGGCACUAAUUGGGCGUGAGAGACCAGGAAAACCCCCAAUGGAGCUUAGGAGGAAGAUCAACAGCCGGGAGAGGAAGAGGAUGCAGGACCUGAACGUCGCCAUGGACGCUCUGAGGGAGGUGAUGGUGCCUUACGCUUCCUCCUCUCCUUCCUCCUCGUCCUCCUCCCAGGGGCCACACUGCAACCAGCAGCAGCUAGGACCCCAACCCGGACGCAGGCUCUCCAAGAUCUCUACCUUGGUCCUCGCCCGUAACUAUAUUCUCCUCCUUGGCUUGUCUCUGCAGGAGAUGCGUCGACUCCUUGGUGAGGUCAGUGUUGGGGUGGGGGUUAACGCAAGGCCCGUCCCCAGGCUGCUCCUGGCCGGGGGGUGGCCCCUCUUCACCGGCCCCAGUCAGCUACUCCUUUCCUCAGAGUCUCUCCUGACCUCUGCCUCCUCCUCCAAGUGUCCUCUUCUGUCCUCUGGCCACUUGGAGGGCCCCGUGGUCCCGGUGCAGUGGGGCUCAGCUGGGGUUCCUGGAGGGCCACUCUGCCCCUGUGUGGUAUUCAGCCACCCUAGCCCUGGACCCAGGUUCCCAAAGUGA